AUGGAAAACACGCCCGCCGCCGUCUUGGCGGUCGCGUUCAUUGCCGACGAGUCCGUAGCGUCUCGCUGGUGGCUGUCGCUGCUGCACCAGAGCCCAGGAAUUGCAAUAAAGUAUUUGUGGGUGACGACGAGAGCAGCAGCAGAGUUGCUGCUGCAGCAGCCGGAGGUGGCCGAGCUGCUGCCGCUGCUGCAGCAGCAGCAGCAGCAGCGCCGCCCAGCAGCAGCAGCAGCAGCAGCAGCAGCAGCAGCAGCAGCAGCAGGUGUACGUACACCCCAGAUCUUGUGGGGAGAAGGGCCGCAGCAAAACAGAAAAACUUUAAAAGCUUUUGCUGCAGCAGCAGAAGUUAAUUGCUUCAUCAUUUCCUUGGCCCCGGAGAAGCACGCUGAAGCAGUUGAGGUCAUUCUGGGGCAAGCAGCAGCAGCAACAACAGCAGCAGCAGCAGCAAAACACAUUUUCUCUGCUACGCCUCCCACGCUAAGUGCUGCUCGCAUGCAGCAGCUGCUGCAGCUCUACGGGCGCAGCCAAGCAGCAGCAGCAGCAGCAGCAGCAGCAGCAGCAGCAGCAGCAGCAGCAGCGCCAGCAGCAGCAGCAGCAGCAGGGGACUUGGCUCGGCGCCGCAAAGACAACCCGCAGAGCUCUCCGCGCUGCAGCGCAGCAGCAGCAGCGCCAGCAGCAGCAGCAGCAGCAGCAGCAGCAGCAGCAGCAGCAGCAGCAGCAGGGCCGAUCUGGAACGUUUGCUGCUCGUUUGCCCACGAGUCUUCCUGCAGCAAACUAAAAGCCAUUCUGCUGGACUUGGGAGACUUAGUUGCUGCUUCUGCUGCUGCUGCUGCUGUGCUGCAGCCGCAGGCAGUGGCGGAGUGUUCUGUUGCUGCAGAAGGGUUUAAGAACAAAGACCUCCAGAGUGACAAACCCUAA